AUGGAGGCUGUUGCCAACGCAUGGGAAACCGUCGAUUGGGACAGAUUACAGACACGAAUCGAAGCCGAGAUUUCCGCAUUGGGUGCCCGACAAGACGACAGCGAGGAGCGUCGAAAGCGUCUCGUCGAGGAGAGCAACGCCUAUCGCGAAAGGACCGACAAAGAGACCCGCAAACCCGCCAUCCCAUUGAUCAAAGCGUUCCAACAAGAGUUUGAUGGAUUAAUUGCGCGGAGUCAAGCGGCCGAGUCGGCUCUCAUCGAUAUAUGCUCGCAAAUCACGAAUCUGCCAGAUCCGAAAAGCGUUCUGAAAGGCGCCGAAGCGUGGAAAUCGGACGCUGAGAAGACGAUCAAAGCGGUUGAAGAACGCGAACAACUUCGACGACAGCUUGAAGAAACGAGAAGUGAACUAGCCGAGCUGCAGAAUCACGAUGUUGAACUGCGCAAACUGAAAUCGAUAGCAUUGAAACGUGAGACGGAACACGAGAAGCUCAUCGAAUCGGCGAUCGACGAGGUUGAGCGGCGAACGCGCGACGAGUUCGAGAAGCAGCUCGAGGAGAUGAAUUUGAAAAACGAGAAAAUGCGCAUCGAGUCUGAAAUCCUUGAGAAGAAGGUCAAUGAUCUUGAGGCGAGAAAUCGCGACACGCAGAGGAAGCUUGAUGUCGCCAAAUUGGCGGUCAGUCAAAAUGAGACAUUUGAGAGCGAGCAGCUCUCGAUAGCCGUCAAAGAUCUUGCCGACGCAAAUUUGAGAAUUGUAUGUCUUGAAGAGAAGCUUGCGGAGAUGACCGCUGAGCUGAACAAAUCAAACGAGCAGCACACGCAUAAUGGGAUUGCCGAUAUUGCGGCUCUCGGCGGUUUGAUGAUCGAGAAAGAUGAGCAGAUUAGCCGAUUGCAAGAGGAGAAGAAGGAGAUGCAAAAGAGAUAUGAUGAAGAGAUCAAAAGAUGGCGGGAGAAGGUGGUGAAAAUCGAGAAAGAGCAAGCGCGACAGAAAACGAUAAUUGAGGAAUUGAAGACGAGACUCGAAUCGCAAGGCGACUAUGAUGCGAUUAAAAAAGAAUUGAGAUUACUCCGCGAAAUCGAAUUCGGCACCGCCGACACGAAUUCGGAGACGUCGGAGCACGUCGGCGAACCCGUUGAAACGCUCGACAAACUCCUUUCCGAUAAGAAUCGACGAUUGCAAAAUGAGAAUGCGAGCCUUCGGGUGCUUAAUGAGAAUCUCAAAGGCGAGCCUGUCACCGUCACAUUGGCUGAGGAGCCGGAAAUCAAGGAAUCAGCUUUGCCCAAGGUGAAAGCCGCUCCUGUUAAGGAAGAUGAGAAAAGCUUGGAUCUUCUAUCGCUUCUGAGGAAGAUCAAAUCUACUACUACUACUACUACAACUCCUACUAGUCAAGAUAUUAAUAAGACUGUGAAGACUCCGACCCAUACCAUCACCACAUGCGCACUUCCUCCCCCUGUUGUUAGGAAGAAUGUGAUGGUUGCUGAAACGGAUUCGGAUGAGACUGAUUUGAAAUUGGCUUCGUCGAGCAUCAACGUUGAUCCGAGCGAAAUUGUGGAAUCGAAAAAGAUCGCCAAAAUGCAGGCUCGAAUUGCUGAAAAUGUGCGCAAUUUGGGAUUGCGACCGUUGAAUACGACGGAGAUUGCGAAACAAUGCAAACGACUCAUGUUAGCUUAUAACAUUGGUCAGCGAUUAUUCGCGAAGCAUGUGAUGAAUCAGGUAGUCAAGUCGCAAGGAUCUCUUUCCGAAUUGCUAUCGAAACCGAGACAUUGGAGCAAAUUGACGGAUAAAGGUCGCGAGGCGUUCCGACGAAUCUAUGGAUGGCUUUCCGAUGAAGUCGCCAUCAAUUUGCUUUGCUCAUUGAGCCCGAGACGCAAUUGGCCAGCGACUGAAACGGUGCCGCAUCCAUUACCCGAAUCGAUGUGGGAAUCGAGCAUCGGAUUCCUUGAAGCGUCGCCGCCCGUCGAGGAGCUGAAGGAGAAUCCAUUGAAGGCGCAGAGCGCACGCGAGGAUCAAUAUCGAAACGCGGAACGAGCUCGUCCGACCGUUGUUACGAAUGGCGGUGUUCAUCCGAAUCGAUCGAGUCGAUGGAGACAUGAUGAUAUUCCGAAAGAGAAAAUCAUGAGCAUUUUUCAAAACGAACUAGCCAAGCUUAAAGAGCAGACGGUUACCAAGAGCUCGGGAUCUUCAUCAAGCUCGCCUAGAAAAUUCACUGGACCGACGGAAUUUACGAAUUUGAGCGCCGUGGAUCGCGUAAUGCGCCAGCGGAUCAACACGGGAUUGGUGCCGAUCACCCAAGCGCAAUUCGACGAAUUCGCCCAUAUUGACACCGAGCAGCUUGUUCGACAAGUCAAAGAGUUUUUGAUGGUCCAUUCGAUAUCGCAACGCCAGUUUGGAGAAUAUGUUCUCGGAUUGUCGCAAGGCUCGGUGUCGGAUUUAUUGGCGCGACCGAAAUCGUGGAAUCUGCUAACGCAAAAGGGACGAGAGCCGUUCAUUCGAAUGAAAUUGUUCAUGGAUGAGGUGAACGAUUGCGUCGAUGACAAACAGCCGCAGGUGCGCGUUCUCAGCGAUGAUUCGGAAUUGGCGAUCGCAUUGGCGUCGAUUUUGAAAGGAGCGAACGGCGCGAUUUCGCCUGAGAAGGAGCAAGUGGCGACCAUUUUUGAGAAUAUUGAAGUCAAAAAGGAGCCGAUAUCCGAAAUUGAUAUGAUCAUGGAAAUGGAAAGUGGAAGCAAUUUGGAAGGGCUUGUCAAGUAUGUUGAUAAUACUGGCGAAGAGAUUCUGGACACCAUUGAGCUUGUUAGAAGGGUUCGCAAGAUUCUUGACGAUAACGGUGUCUCCUAUAGGGUAUUCGGUGAUUUUUAUCUAAAAUGCUCGCCAAAUUUGUGCGCCGAGCUACUGAUCCGUACGAGACCUUACGAGCAACUCAAACCGUUUGAGCGAUUAAUCGCGAUGAAGAUGAAAAUGUUUUUGACUGAUCGUGAUGCAAUCCUAUUGUUGAUCGAGAAGGAGGCGGCGCGUGAAGGGACGAAAGAUCGCCUCGACGCAUUGUUCCGAGAGAAUCGGCCGGUUAAACGCAAAGUCGAGCCGGAGCCGGUCGACGAUGAUUGGGAGCCGAAUGCAAAGAAGCCAAUCCAGCGUACCGUCAUUUCCGAUGUGCAAAAGGAUAUCCUGCGAUUCGUUUUUGUGAAUGAGCCGCACCCGGGACAGGAUAUUUGCGAAAUGCUUGCCAAUCGUCUUGAUAUGAAUGUUCGGACUGUGCAGAAUUGGUUCCAUAAUCAUCGAACUCGCACGAAAGCCCGCGAACGCGAAGGAAAGGUGUAUUCCGAUGCGAUCCCUACUAAUAAUGCUGUGAUCAGUCCAACAUGGAGGAGUGAGCUUCAGACAAUGCUCAAUAACUUUAGACCUGGCGAUGCUUCAAGCAGUCAACGAGCUUCAUUCUCUCGAUCGCCUUCAUCGACAGUAUCGGGACCAUUGGAUCAGUCGGAUAUUGUUUCAUCGAUUAUCUCGAAUAUCAAGAGAGACACCAAGGCGAAAAUGGGUGUCAUCUCGCAAGCGCCGCCGAAAACACUUGCUGACAUCAUCGCGGCGACGCCGAAAUCGAAGCUCGCUAUCAAAAAGCCGGCCACUAGCGGCCAAUUGGACAAAUUGGAAAACCAAAGAGAAGUUGUCGGAUUGCGUUCGCGAUGCGAUAUUGCUGAAAAUCUUGUCGCGAAGCUCGAAAACGAUCUCGCGAGCGCUAUUGGAUGUAAUACGAAUACGGAGACUCUCGGAACGCUCGACAUGCUUCGUUCGUCCGACACCGCGCCAUCGGCGUCGCUGGUGCCGAUUCUCACCUCGCAACGAAAUCGGCUGCAUGAGAAGGUGAGCCAGUUGGAGGAGAUGCUUGCCGCUGAGAAGACACGCCAAAUGGCGGUUCAGUCGGAAAUUGAAAAGGUCCGAAGCGACAAUGUCAAAUUGAAUGAGAAGAUUCGAUUCCUUCAAGGAGGAAGCUACAAUCCAAGCCAAUCCGUAGUUAUCGAAGAUGAUGCUUAUGAGACGCCGUUCCGCAAGUUUUCAUCGCAGGAGAGGAAUAAUCGCCUACAAUUGCAUGAUCGAGCUACACUGCAAUUGGGCCGCGCGAUUUUGGCGUCAUCGAAAUCUCGAAUGAUCUUCUUCUUCUACUUGCUUUUCCUUCAUUUACUAAUAAUGAUGGUUCUUUACAAAUUCGCGUUCGAUCAAGCGUCGCUUCGCGAUCAGGAAACCGAAUGCGAAUACAAAUUCCAUCAGCAUAUGGCCGAAAGUCAUAAGGGAAAUUAA